UUUUGCUUCAACCCAUUCGCCCUUCUCAUAGUGGCCCUUUUUCACUUCUUCUCUCUCUCUUUUUUUUCCUUUCCUUUCACGCCACUCCCUCUUUCUUCUCCGCUAUCCAUCCAUUCGUAUAUUUCCUUUUCCUCCAGUCUUGUCGUUCCUUUUCCCGCCCUCGUCUCUCCCCUCUCUUUCUCUUCCGUUUCUUAUUCCCACUUCCAACACUCUCCCUUCGACACUCCCCCCCACCAAUUUCAACCCUCCUCGUUUGCCGUCUCUCGACUCUUUUUCUUCGCUAUCUUCGCCCGAUUCUUCCGCACUGUUUCGCCUUUAUUCAUCGCCUGGUCCAAGUCCUUGGCUGUCACCCGCCAAGCUGACUCGGACCCGGGUGUAAAGGCUCCCCUUGCCCAUGCCACGACCAUCGGCUACGGCUAGGAAGAAUCAGAGCAAUCGCCAGGAGAAUGGCCCCCUCGGUCCCGGCAAGAAAGUGAACAAGCAGAAAUCCAACGGUACCUUGAAUGGCCACGCCAGCGCCGGCUCGACUCCGAACUCCGGCCCCUCCGCCGCCCAAGCCGCCUGGCACUCCUCUCGCUCGAAUAGCGACACCGCGGUCUCCUCCACAAUAGCCACGGCCUCCCGAGUGAACAACUCGACCGACAACGCCAAGGCCGACGGACACGGGGCACGCGGGUUUCUGAAUGGAUACGCCAAAGGGAAUUCGGACAUGUCGUAUGGACAGGCCAACGGGGCCGUGCCGCAGAAUGGUGGCGUGGCCGCCUCGGCGUCGCGUCGGACGGACAAGGCCGCCGCCGCUUCCAAGAGGUCGUCGGGCUCCAUCAACCCUCUCCAGCUCGCCUCUACCAUCCUCAAGUCCUGCCCCAUGUACGACACCAUCGCGAUCCUGAUCUUCCUACUGCAACUGCCUCCUAUGGUCCUCACCCUGGUCCAGUUCCUCUUCGCUUCCCUGACCUUCAUGCCUCCGAGCGGUGCCUCCGCCGGCUCCCUGUCCUCCAACUUCGACAUCUUCCAGGGUCCCGCCGGCACCCCGUCCCUCGGCACCAUGAUCGCCAUGGACGGCUUCUGUCUGCUCUUCUGGGGUCUCUUCAUGUGGACGUGGGCGCAGAAUUUCGCCCUCGACCUCGCCCACGUCCAGGUGGCCAUCACCCUGGGCGGCGGCGGGUCGGGCAAGAACGGAGGCGUCAACACACUCUGCGUCGGGAUCGUGCUGGUCUUGCAUCUGAUUCGGAGCAAAGGGAUACAGGAUUUUAUCAUGGGUCAUCUGCUGUCCGCCAAGAUCGUUAGCCCGGACCUCCUGUCGCAAUACUCUCACCUCUUCCCGGCCGAAUUUCGACGGUCCGACUCGCAAUCUUCGCCAAGCUGGAUCCGGAGUCUCCUAGCGGUCCACAUCCUCGCCCAAGCGGGUACCGCUAUGGCGAGACGCUCCAUGGCCAAGAAUCGCGCCCCGGCGCCCGCGCGUCUCGGCAAACGGGUCGACACCGAAGCCUCCGCCGGCUCGCAGACCCAGAUCGAUUCCGCCUUCGAGUCCGGCGCCAGCGUCUCCUCGUACAUCGGCGCGGAUGGACAGUUGGUCACCCCGGUCACACACAAGGACGGUCGCGAUCGGUUGCUCUCGGCCAAGAAACGUCGCCGGCAGGCCAACCAGGUCCGGAGCCGCCAACCGUUCUGGGCGGCCCUGGCGAGUACCAAGGUGACGGUGAUGCGGGAAUAUGAACACUCGCGGGCGCUGUCCAAGACGAGUCGCGGGCUCCAGAUGACCGAGGAGGACCUCCAGGGGGUUUCAUUGGAUGACGGGUUGGUGUGGAUCACCGAGGUGGAUAGUUCGACAAUCAAAUUCGCCGCGGGCGACUUUGCCUCCCCCGACGACCCCCUGGUCUCCGGCGCCUGCGAAGCUGGGCGGUUGGGAUCGGACGACGCGGAGCCGUUCUACGUCUGCGUCAACGGGGCGCUGUGGGCGACCGCGACAAUUAGCAAGGUAUCCGACGCGGCCAAGGGGGCGAGCGCCGUGCAUUGGCGGGGCGAGGUCUCUGGUCUCGCUCCGAACUGCGCCUACACGUGCGCCUUCCUCCGCAGCGAUACGGAUGAGGAGAUCUGCGUCAUGAGCGUCAAGACCCCCGCCGCCGACGACGCCGCAGAACAAGGUGAGCAGCCAGCGGCGUUCAAGUUCUGCCGCCGUCCUUUGGAGUGGUUUUCUGACCGUUUCCCAGCCGUGUCCUUGGCCGCCACCCCGCCCCCGCCGUCCUAUCGCCCGUCGUCGCCGACCACCACGCUGAAGAACUCCAUCGCCAACGCGGAAGCCAAGCUGAACGAGAAACGCUCCCGGUUACGGAAGAUCAAAAACGACCACAAACUAGCCGUCUCCAAGCUACGCAAGGAGCUCGACAACUACAACCACCGGCUCCAGAGCGGAACGGAUGAGAAUCGGCAGAAGCAGCGGUCGCUCCAGCUCGAACGGAAUAUCCGGCAGACUGAGGAGGCGACCGCGGCCCUGGGCGCCCAGCUGGACACCAUGGUGAACGUCCCCGAGGAGGAGAUCGAGGAAUGGCGGGCGCAGAAGGCCCAGUACGAACGGGACCUAGAGAUUCUCACCACCGCCAAGGAGGAGCUGAGCGCCGCGCGGACCGCGGUGGCCCGCGAAGUGUCGUCCCUCGAGUCCGAUCUGACCUCGACGGUCCAGCGCCGGGAGCGUCUGCAGGGCCGGCGCACCCGCGUCCACGAGCAGUACGAGCGCAUCGUCUCGGCCAACGCGCAGGGCCUCAACGAGCGGGAGCGCCGCGCAGCGGAGCAGUUCGCCCGGGAGCAGGACCAGGCCAAGCUAGAGAUCAAUUUCAACGAACAAUUCGCCAGCAUCGGCCAGUCCAUCCACGAGUACCAGCUGCGGACCAACCAGCUCUGGCAGCAGUCCGCCGCCCUGGAGCAGAGCAUCCAGCAGCAGCAGCAGCAGAUGCUCCUCGACGCCGCGCCGCUCACCCCGGAAGGCACCCUGCCAGGCACCCACCACCUGGACCUGUCCGGAAUCACGCUGGGCGGGUUGACCUCCACCGCCCCCGGCAGCCGAUCGCUCCUGAGCGGCCUCAGCUUCCCGCCCAUGAAAUCGAGUCCACUGCAGCACUCCGCCUCGCCCGCGGGCGUCUCGUCGCACCCGACCUCCCCGCUCGCCCACGCGCCAUCGCCCUUUGAAUCGGACUUUGUGCCCCGCGACCGGUCCUUCUCCAACCGCUCGGGACGGAGCAGUCUCUACGGAUCCGACUUUGUGGACAUCCACCGCCGCGCCGGUCCCUUCGCUCCAGACCCGUCCGACUCCCUCAUCGAGAAGCAUCCCCCUAUCGACCCGAUCGGCAUGCGCUCGGUCGCCAGCCCCUUCCACCGGGCGGGCAGUCGCGGCAGCGGGAGCGGGAGCGGCGGAACUGGCAGCGGCAGCGGCAGUCCCAGCUCUGCUGCGGGCCGGAGCCAUUGA